AUCUGUUGAUCAUCUUUUCUUUGAGUGUCCCAAUCUUCAAACCUCCCUCCACGAUUUCCUCCCCCCGUCCAUUCCUAAACCUGUAAAUAUUAAUUAUCUACUAACACUUGUACAUACUCCAGUUGCUAACAUUCUGUACAGAUUUCUCAAGACUAAUAAUAUUAAACUGUAAAUUUGUAUAUUGUCAUUAUAUAUACUAAAACUAUACUAACCCCUAUUUGUGAUGUCCUGUAUAUAUAUUGUGUUUGUCUGUUUGUUCCAGGUAUUAACCCUGUAAAUAUAUCUAAAUUACCGUAAAGACAGUUAUAAUAUACAUGUGUGUUCCUUAUUACAAUUGAAUUUGGCGGAAUUUGCUGUGUCAGUCACACACGGCAUAGUGCCACAACCAAAGAUGGAUUGAUAUUUUUGAUAAUCGCGAUACAAGUUGUUGCUCGAGCAAGUGUAAUUUUAAUAUUAAUAGAUCUUUUGUUUUAACAGAGGCUCUCAAUAAAAACUUGUUUCAACUUAUAGUCCAGCCAGCCAGUGCCAGGCUAACAUAAUGGCUAGUGUUUUGCUUCUACAAUCGCCGCCACCAAAGUUAGAAGAAGUUCAAAAGUCUGUUUAUACCGACAAAGCGCUAUGUUUCCUGGCCAAAAUCCACAGAAGAUUCGAAGCUGACAUCGAGCAAUUGUACAAGAACAGACUGAGAAGGAAAGUGGAGCUUCAAAGAAGUGGUUCUUUAGUGUUCUCACAAUCUGCAGAGAGGAUUGAUAAAAGUUGGAAAGUGGCCCCUUUACCACCGAGACUUGAAAACCGUCACCUAGACCUUGGCGAUGUAUCACCGUCGAACACUGCUCACUUUGUGUCAGCCCUAAACUGUGACAUUCAAAGCGUCCAGGUAGACUUUGAUGACGGCCACUGCCCAACGUGGCGCAACCAGCUCCUCGGCUAUCAGAAUGUAAACUUAGUUGUUGACGGCAAGCUUGUUGGAGCCCCAUUGAGCAUAUCCACUUGCCCAAUACUGAUGCUGAGGCCUCGGGCUUGGAAUAUGAUAGAGCACAACAUACUGAUAGACGGCAAGGAAGCAAUCGGACCUCUUGUAGACUUUGCAAUACUCAUGUUCCACAAUGGCAAGAAGCUGCAUGAAGCGGGCAGUGGCCCUUACUUCUACCUAUCCAAGUUAGAAGCCGCAUCGGAAGCCAAGUUAUGGAACGACAUAUUUGUCUGGGCUCAGAAUGAACUUAGUAUCCCACAAGGCACUAUCAAAGCUUGUGUCUUGAUAGAGAAUAUCUUAGCAGCGUUUGAAAUGGAUGAGAUUCUGUAUGCCCUGAAAGACCACUCUCUGGGACUAAACUGCGGUAUUUGGGACUACUGUGCGUCUAUCAUCGCUAAAUUGGGCUCCCACCCCUCGUUCCUGCUGCCAGACCGCAACAAGUACGUCAACAUGUCACGUCACUUCCUGCACAGCUACGCCUCGCUAGUGGUGGCUACGAGCCACGCGCGCGGCGCCGCGGCUACUGGCGGUAUGGCGGCAGGGGUGCUGCCUGCUGACCCUCAGGCCGACGGUUCCAAGGAGACGAUAGCGAAGAUCCUGAGCGCGAAGUUCAAGGAAAUAGAGACAGGAGUGGACGGGUUCAUGGUGUACGAUUCCAGGGUGGUGCCACAUGUCAAUGAGCUCUGGAAGAAAUACAGCAGUUCACCGAACCAAAUGCAUCGGCAACUGGACAUAACAGUGACUGCAGACGACUUGCUCACUAUACCCAGUGGUGGAGUCACAUUACAGGGGCUGAGACAUAAUGUGGCUGUUUCCAUACUGUUUAUUUACCACUGGCUGGCGGGGGUGGGGCAUUUUUUCUACAGUGGCAACGUGGAGGAUUCGGCCACCGCUGAGAUAUCGAGGUGGCAAGUGUGGCAGUGGAUACGGUUUGCUCCGCCAAUCGAAGACGAUCCUACGCUGCGGGUGACGGCGCAACUCGUCGAGAAGAAAGCGGUCAACUUUGUUGCGCACGCGCAUAAAAACCUUUGCAGAUCCAACGCGGAGCGCAAACGACUGACCGCCGCUAAAUAUAUGAGCAUAGAGUUGUUUUUAGCUCGCGACCCGCCAGAGUUCAUAACUAGCUACUUGAAUGAUAAUCACAAGUUUAGGACUCUGCAUAAUAAGGCUCUUUUGAGUAACCUUUAAGUUAAGUGGGGUUUUUGGAGCAUGUUAUUUGAUGUAUAAUUUUAUGGGUAAUAAGUUUAUAGGGGGUGUAGGGUAGUUACGUAUUCAUUAUAUUUUUGAUAUUGCUAGUCUAGUUAUCAUGAAAUUUUAUUAUUGUUAAGACCGUUAUUAAUCUGAAUUGUUAACAAAUAUUUUAAAUCAAAAUGACUGAACUUUUAACCAUAAAUUCUAUACAAAUGUCUAUCUUAAUCAUAUCAAAACUUAUACCAAAGUUUUUAUAGUCAUUACUUGGUCAGAGUGUGUCGACUUGAAUAAGGAAAUUUAUUUACAUAGUUAAGUAUCUAUUUCUGUGAUAUAAAGCCAUUUAGAUAAACUGACUUGUACUUUGUUUUUAAAUAAAUAUAUUUUUAAAUAUUUGUGUUUAAACUAAAGCCUGCCAAAUAUAGAGAAGUAGUAAGUACCAAUCAAAUAAAAACAGUAUAAUUUCUUAUCAAUAAUUGUUUAUUGUAAUCAUCUCAAAAAUAUUUAAAGAUUCGAUUGUUUUAAACGUGAACACAGCUUAAGCAGAGUGCUAAGAUUAAAUAACAUUACAAAUAUAAAACAUACAUAUACAUACAUAAAAACUCCUAACAUUACUUAAUUUAGCGUCUUUUAGAAAGAAAGUCAAUACGAGAUUUGAUGACAACUCAUUAACCGCUUAUAAGUUACCGGUUUAAGAACUAAAUCAUACAUGGCGCUAGUAAAACUUACAUACUGCAGACUGCAAUAA